AGGUGAUUUUCAUCACGGAGCGUGUGACCGGUGGUUCCCUCCGGAACUACGUGAACCGGCUUGGUGGGCCGUUGAAGCUAAAGGUGAUCCGCAACUGGGCGCACCAGAUUCUAGAGGGCUUGCAGUACCUGCACAGCACCAAGCCGAAUCCGGUGAUCCACCGGGAUUUGAAGUGCGACAACAUUUUCAUCAACGGCAACGUCGGGCAAAUUCUGAUCGGCGACCUGGGAUUGAGUUCCUGGCUGAAGAAGGACAAUAGUAGGUCUCACUCCGGGUAUAUCAAAGAAAAAAAGUUCGUCACGAUCACUCAUGCGCAUUCUUGCAAUACAAAAUUGUUUGUCAUGCGUAAAAAUGCACCACAGCCAAACUUCAUUAGGGAUUUUCCUAGUGUUUCUGCAAUACAAGGAACGUUUGUGAUGCUGAGAAAAUUUGUAAUGCAAAGCCUGCAAGUUAGUGACUGUGAUAAACUUUUUUCUCUCCAUAGGGUACGUUGCGCAAUCCAUUGUCGGGACUCCGGAGUUUAUGGCGCCGGAAUUGUACGAUGAGAGAUACGGCACCCCGGUGGAUAUCUACGCCUUCGGGAUGUGUUUGGUGGAACUGACAAGCCGGCAAUUUCCCUUCGUCGAGUGCCAGACGACGAUGCAGGUCUACAACAAGGUGAUGAAGGGGGAGCAGCCCAGAGUUGUCGAGCUGAUCAAAGACCCGAAUCUGAAGGACUUGAUCCAAAAAUGCCUGCAGAAGGACCCCAAUUUGCGACCCAGUGCGGAGGAAGCGACCAACCACCCCUUCAUCCAUCUGGACUCCUAUCAGCUGCAAAAAUGUCUGGGUCUGGAAGGAUGCGAACUUGUGAUGCGUGUUGCGGAUCAUACAAAAAUCUGUGUUGCGUGACUUGAAAAAGGUCCCCAUUUCUGGCCAUUCUGAGAGGGCAUUUCUCAUGCAGAAUAGGCAUCACCAAGGGGCUCCAGAACCUGUGAUGCCAGGCCCUGCAUUACAGGAGACUUGGCGGAGCUUGGAAAAACUGCAUGACAAGUCUCGGAAUCUUCGAGACCCAGACAUUUUUGCAAUGCAUAACUCCGCGGCUGACGCCAGUUAUCUCGACGCGCUGUGCGAAUUGUUGGACGAGCAGGAGUAUGAAAUGCAAGAAUGUCUGGGUCUGGAAGGUGGCAACUUGUGAUGCUGUCGUUGGAAGGUAAAAGAAAUCUGUAUUGCAUGACCAGCAAGAGGAGUUCAGUUUGUGCUACGCGGAGUGGGCGUUUCUCAUGCGGAAUACGCAUCAGAAGGCCCUUUAAAAAUCUGUGAUGCUAGGGCAUGCAUUACAGGCAUCACGGGUUAUGCAAAAUAUGCAUGACAAACCUGGCAAUCUUCCAGACCCAGACAUUUUUGCAUUUGAUGAGGAGGUUUUCGGGGACAGGCAGGUCUCGCAAUCCGAGGAGGAACUCGCGGACGGGAUGUACCCCGCGGGGCACAUAUUGCAAGGAAAAUUCCUCCCUCCCCAUAUAAUUGAAAGCGCAUCCGGCUGAAAAUUUGUGAUGCAGAUUUGUGACCACAAAUCUUGCAAGAAGGCACGUUCAGGCUGUCCGCUACGUUAUGCAGGCCAUUCGUAAUGCUGUAAGGCCUACAGGGUUCUUGCCGUCUACCAUGCUAGGCGCCUACACCAAAAGGCCGCUGCCGCGGCUCAGGAUCUGCGUGCCGUUCUCUACUGCAGCACAGAUUUGAUUUGUGUAUCCAAAUCCAGCAUGAGAAGUUUCGCUUUGAUAUGGGGAGGGGGGAUUUUUCCUUUUGAUAGCACAGCAUGAUCGACCGGUCCAGGGUGAAUGUCGACGAAGACGAUAUCGGGACGGAGGCGAGGCUGCUGCCGAGCCAGGAGUUUGACGAGAAUGAGAUGAAUCAAUUGACGAACCAGCAGAUGAAUAAAGGUGCAGUUGUUCCUGGAGCAGGAGGUGCUGCGGGGCCCUCGCAAGGUUUGCAAUUCAACGAAUACAAGACAGGACAGAAGGUUCAAUUCGAGUACGUGCCUACAGGGCAGUCGAUCGAGUUACCGCCUCUGGACAUCCCCGGCCGCUCGCAGGAACGGGACCAGUACUUCAAAGACUUGGCUGCAACGGGCGCUACUGCUUUGCAGUCGGCGGAACAGGAGGAGGAAGUAGGGGAUAAUACCAGAACCGGUGGCGGCGGCGAACAUGUUCUGGCGCCACUGGUUGGUGCGGCGCUGGAUCCUUUGCUGCAAAUGCCACAGAAUCAGCAGAGCCAACCGCUCAUGGUCGUUGAAGAGUCACCGAUUGAUCUAAACAACCCCGCAGCUAAAGCCACUUCUCUCGUCGUGGAUCCGAGUAAACAACCGGCUGCGGUUCCGAUGGGUAAGCAGCCGAUGGUGGUAGGGCAGAACACCAAUCUACAGCAAGAUUUGUCCUCGCAACCCCAGAUGUUGACUACUGAUGGUACUACCGCGGCAGGUGUUCUUGAAGCGGCGGUCGGGGGUUCAACUUUCAAACCGCAAAGCUCCUCUUUGGCAACCAGGCAGCCACCGCCACCACCCUUAUCGCAGCCACGGAAUAUCAUCGCGGGAGGAGGAGGUGGCGCUCCUGUGCAGCAGCAACAAAUUGGCGCAACUGGUGGUGGUGCACAACAACAACAGCCACAAGGGGACCAACAGCUACAAGCUACGGGCAAGGCAGGAAUUGCGGUUUCGACCUUCACGACACCACAAACCCAGCUCCCGCAACUGCACCAUCCCAUCCCGGAAAGACUUUCUCACCAGCUGCAUCUCCCAACUGCAGCGGCGCAGAUGAUGCAGUUUGCACAGCAACACAGUAAUCAGCAGUACAGCCUGCAUGUGCAUCCGGAUACGAAUGCGAAGACCCUGCCAGUGGGUACUAGUAUCGCGGGCGGCCUCGGACUGAAGGGCGGUGGUAGAACAACUUCUAUAGGCCAACAACCCUUGUUGCACCAAGCGCAGCAGAACAGGUCUACCAUCAUCUCCGCGUCCUCGCCGGAGUUGUAUGCGAGUAUCAACCAAAAGGGCUCCGAAACGCCGCGGUUGGGGAAGAACGACAGUCACUUCGGGAUGCGGAGUCCGGUGGACAGGUUGAUGGAAGUGUCGGAAGAGCAGGGCUACGCGCAGGACGACUCGAUCUUACUGUCUCCUUUAAGGCAGUACCGCGAGCCCGUGACCUUGGCCGGUGCAGCUGCUGGGGGUUUGGCGGCGAGUGCCAACAUGGGCGUUUCGAUGAGUUCGGGCGCGGGCGGGGGGAAGGGUGGAUUCGACCUACCACCCUCGCAACAGCUCCAACAGCUGCAGCAGCAGCCUGGUCAGCCUGUGCCGCAGUUCACUGUUGCGCACCAGGGACUACAGCAGGGCCACCUACAGCAGGGGUUAGCACCAGCACCGCAGCAACAACAGCAAUUCUCUUCACCCUUGCAGCAGCCCCAGCAAACGCAGCAGCAAAUGGCCUCACCAGUUGCAGUUCCAGUUGGUUCCUCGCAGCAGCAGGCUUCCCCGCCCGCAAGUCAGCCUCCAGGUUCUGGUCCGCCAGAUCAGGCUAACAUCAGUGCAGCUUCGCCCCCUUUGAGCGCGCAGCAACAGCAGCAACAAUCAACGACCCAGCAAACGGCAUCGACUCUACUAGUACCCCCGCUGGCGCUGCAUCAGGCCGCGCUGCAACAGAACAGUGACGGCUCGAGCGCGCUCCCUUCGACGCCUGAUUUCCAUCGCGCGGUUGCUGGGAUUGAGCAACAGCAACAGUUUGUGCAGGAUGCGUACGCGCAACAGCAACAGGGUAUGAGCGGGUCUUAUGGUGGGCAGCAUCACCACCACAUUGCAAAUCAACAGCUCGGCGGGAUCACUUUCAGCGCACCGGCGCAAAUAUCGAAGCAGGGAAGUGCAGCUACAUCCGCCUCCGCGCAUCAUCAGCAGAUGGUCACGUUGCAACAAGCGAGCGGAGGGGGAAAUUAUCAAAAUGCGGGGCCGGUGGAAUUUUCCAUGAAUGUGGUAGAGCAGGAUUGGAACACUAGCAGUGCUUCCGGUGCUCCUGUGCAGCAGCAACAAUUCGUGCAGCAGCAGUACAAUGCUCAACAACCUGGUGUUGACCAAACUGGUUCCUACGCCAGUGGUCCUGUGGCUACGCAACAGCAGGUGCCGUCUCAGCAGCUGCAAGCGGGGGCUCCCCAGUGGACCACAUCUUCACAGCAAGUGCAGCAACAGCAACAAGCACAGCCGCAAGUUCAACCGCAACAGCUCGCCCCCGCUAUCCACAUUCCGCAACCGCCGCAGCAGCAGCAGCAACCCCAGAUAAACUCGCAACAACACACCACCCCAACGGCAACCACUCCGGUCGUCGUGAUCACGCCUCCGUUAUGCAGUGCAAAAAUGUUUGGGUCUGGAAGGAUGCAAGCUUUGUCAUGCUUGUCUGGCAUGACUGAAGAGUUUUUGAUGCGUGUCCAAGAAGAGACCCUUUUACUUGUCAUGCAAAAACGCAGUUUGUCAUGCGGAAAGCGCAACACUAAGCAGCGCAUAUAUUUCUCAUGCUUGGCUGCGCAUUACAGAGCGUUCAUUAUUCCCAACCCAGCAUUAAAAGUUUGCAGACCCAGACAUAUUUGCUAUUGAUACCCGUCAAAUUCGAAUCAAUCGAGUUCGAAUAAUUCUGUUGUGACGCCGAGUGGAAUAUGCAUUGCAGAUAUGUCUGGAUCUGGAAGAAUGCAACUUGUGAUGCUGCGUUUGGAUUCCAAAAAGAUCUGUAUUGCAUGAGCAGCAAACGGCAUGUGAAUUUUGCUACACGGAGAGGGAAUUUGUCAUGCGGAAUAGGCAUCAACAAGCCCUCAAAAAAUCUGUGAUGCUAAGUAAGUAGGGCAUGCGUCACAGCCAUCGCGGCUCAUGCAAAACGUGCAUGACAGGUCUCAGAAUCUUCCAUGCCCAGACAUGUUUGCAUUUGAUAUGGAAGUGUCUCUGUGGCUGCGGUGACGCCAGGAACUGUGGGAGGAGGUGGAACAAAUAACAACCAAGGUGCAGGAGCGGCUGUUCUACCUGGUGGUAGUGUCAGUGGCGCGUCCAGUGUUGCGGGCAGCAGCACAGUGAAUGCGCCGGCGACACCUUAUACACCGGUCGAACAAGGUCAGCUUGGGCAGCAGCAGGAGUUGCAGCAGCACCAGCCGGGUAGUGGUGUUGGUGGUCCACAACUUGCGAGCGCGGAACAGCAGCAGGCUCAUCUCGUGUUCCGGCAACAAAACCUAAACCAGCGCCGUCCGCCGACGCCCACGAAGCUACAAGAAUCUUCUGCUCCGCAGAACAACCUCCAGCUGCUAGGAGAUAUUAAACAGCCCGAAGCGAGCGCGAACAACAAAAUCCCCGCCGAAUCGGUCAUUUCGAUCCGCCGAGUCCCGAACGGGGAGAAGAGAGUGUUGAAAACAAAAAUUCAACAGGACAGAGACUCCGAAUCGCAGCGGUUGCAAGACAGUACCGAUCCGAAUUUCAACAUCAAGAAGGAGAUUUUCAC